AGAUAGAUUCAGGCAGCAGGGCGACCCAUCUGACCACGAUGAAGCAUUUAGCCUGUUCUUGCAACUCUCCCACACAUCCCAUGCAGUCUCUCGUAGCGAUCUUACUGCUGCUAAGUCAUGGGCCACCUCUCCCGAGGAGACAAAUCAUAGUUAUGCAUUGGUUGCAUAUCAAACUACAUUGAAAGUCCUAGAUCAGCAUGUCGCCCUUUUGUCGUCUUCCUCACGUCAUUUCGAUGUCGUAAGGAUGGCCUCGGGUUCGCUUGCUGCAAACGCUUUCUUGUGCAGCAUUCAUCAUGGCGCGCUGAAAACUGCUGUGGAACUGGUGGUGCAAGGUCGCGCAGUGUUCUGGACCCAGUUGGCACGCUUAAGCUCGCCGUUCGAUGGACUUUCCCUACCCAGUUACACUGGUGCAGCCUUGGAGGAGGAGUUCAAGCAGCUGAUCUUUCGCCUUCGCAUCGCAUUCGAUCAGUCCACUGAAGACCAGUCCCCACACAUCCGAUGACUGACCAUGCAAUGGAACAAUUCCGUCUCCCGCAUCCGCAUGCUUCCCGAUUUGUCUCCGUUUCUCCUGUACCCCCUGUUCUCCGACCUACAGAAGGCCGCUGAAGAAGGUCUUGUCAUCGUCGUCAAUGCUAGUCAGUACAGCU